AGUGAAUGCUUGCUCGGUGUCUGAUAAGUCAGGGUACUUUCAUAAUUGGCUAUGAAGUUUGUCUGUCUUCUGGAUAAGGGGGUUGCCGAGUUAAAGUUGCUGCUCACCGCGCAUGCGCACUAAAGUUGAUUCCGUUAGCUGUCAGUAGAAUGUUUCCCUGCUCUCUAAUGGACCAAACUCAACGCAGCGACCAGCGACUAGCUUCUUAAAUGUAUCCAGACUUUAAGGGAAGCAACACACUGUGAACUUAUGGAGUUUUAAAACAACAAAAUGUCUUUUUCGGGCUGUUUUCGGAGACUCGAGGUCUGUGAGUACAAACUGGGACACUGUCGUUGUGCCCAGGCGCGCUCACGGUAACGUUCCAACGGCUACUGAAGUUGCCUUAAAAAGUUGGCACCGUCCUUCAGCACGAGGAUUCAUUUUACGUGUUGGACACUCCAGUAAUGAAAACAGCGUAAUUGUAAGUAACUUCUAAUUAUGGCAAGCACUCUGUCGACGAGUGUAGCGUAGAACCGGAGUCAAACAGGAUUUAAAGGAGCCGGACACAGCCAGGUAGCCCGGCUGCUGCGUUGCGAUGGGCAACCGCGGGAUGGAGGAUCUGAUCCCGCUGGUCAACCGCCUGCAGGACGCGCUGAGCAGCGUGGGGCGGAGCUGCAGCCUCCACCUGCCGCAGAUCGCUGUGGUGGGCGGCCAGAGCGCCGGGAAGAGCUCCGUGCUGGAAAACUUCGUGGGCAGAGACUUCCUUCCGCGUGGUUCAGGAAUUGUCACUCGUAGACCUUUAGUCCUCCAGCUGCUAAGUGGUAACACGGAGUACGGCGAAUUUCUCCACUGUAAAGAAAAGAAGUUCACAGACUUUGAUGAGCUACGCAAGGAGAUUGAGGCAGAGACAUGCAGGCUCACAGGAUCCAAUAAAGGCAUCUCUCCUGUCCCCAUCAACCUGCGGAUUUAUUCACCACAUGUACUGAACCUGACCCUUGUGGACCUGCCUGGCAUCACCAAGGUGCCUGUAGGCGACCAGCCAGCAGACAUAGAGUACCAGAUACGAGACAUGAUCAUGCAGUACAUCUGUAAGGAAAACUGUCUCAUCCUGGCUGUCACGCCAGCCAACACUGACCUGGCAAACUCUGACGCACUCAAACUGGCUAAAGAUGUUGAUCCACAGGGCCAGCGCACAAUUGGUGUAAUCACUAAACUGGACCUGAUGGAUGAAGGAACAGAUGCUCGGGAAAUACUAGAGAACAGGUUGCUUCCUCUACGCAGAGGUUACAUAGGGGUGGUGAACCGCAGUCAGAAGGACGUUGAUGGGAAAAAGGAUAUUAAGGCAGCUCUGGAUGCAGAGCAGAAGUUCUUCAUGUCCCAUCCAGCCUACAAACAUAUGGCUGAAAACAUGGGCACCCCAUAUUUACAAAGAAUGCUUAACCAGCAACUGACAAACCACAUCCGGGACACUUUGCCAGCCUUCCGUAGUCAUCUGCAAACCCAGCUUCUGGCCUUGAACAAAGAGGCUGAAGAGUACAAACAGUAUAGUCCUGAUGACCCUGCGCGCAGGACCAAGACACUGCUACAGUCAGUCAGUCAGUCAUUCUCGAUGUGUGCGCGUACCCAUUUAUCGUCUUUAGGUUAUUUAUAUGUCCGUUUUUCUCCUGGUCUGUCCUCCAGGUUAGUCCAGCGCUUGGCUGUCGACUUUGAGAAGCUAAUCGAGGGCUCAGGUGACCAAGUAGACACCAUUAGUCUGUCAGGAGGUGCUAAAAUCAACCGCAUUUUCCAUGAGCGCUUCCCCUAUGAACUGGUCAAGAUUGAGUCAGAUGAGAGGAAGCUGCGGCGGGAGAUCAACUAUGCCAUCAGAAACAUCCAUGGUGUCAGGACAGGUCUGUUCACUCCUGACAUGGCCUUUGAAGCCAUAGUGAAGAAACAAAUAUCAAGGAUAGAGGGGCCGUGUAUGAAAUUUGUUGAUAUGGUCAGUCAAGAACUAAUCAACACUGUGCACCAGUGUAUCAACAAGCUCAGUUCCUUUCCCAAACUGCAAGAUGAGACACAGAGAAUUGUAACCACUGAAAUACAACAACAAGAGAGUAAAUGCAGGGACCAGGUCAUGUUGCUGAUUGAAAUACAGCUAGCCUACAUUAAUACAAAACAUGAGGAUUUCAUCGGCUUCACUAACGCUCAGCAGGCAUACAACCACAACAAUAAGAAGAUUGUUGCAGGGGUAGCAGGAAACCAGGGUGUGGUCCCUCUUUCAAGUCUAAUAGUUGUCCGCAAGGGCUGGCUGACCAUCAGCAACAUUGGCAUCAUGAAGGGUGGAGCCAAGGAAUACUGGUUUAUUCUCACUGCAGAGAGCCUGUCCUGGUUCAAGGAUGAUGAGGAGAAGGAGAAGAAGUACAUGCUUCCUCUGGACAACUUAAAGCUCAGAGAUGCGGAGAAGGGGUUCAUGUCCAGCAAAUUUGUCUUUGCUAUCUUCAACACAGAGUUAAGGAACGUGUAUAAGGACUACAAAUGCCUGGAGUUGGCCUGUAACUCUCAGGAGGAUCUGGACAGCUGGAAGGCGUCUUUUCUACAGGCUGGAGUCUACCCUGAAAAAGUCACUGGAAAUGGAUCUCCUGAUAACUUCACAGACCCCCAGCUGGAGCGUCAGGUGGAAACCAUUCGAAACCUGGUUGAGUCCUACAUGAACAUCAUCUAUAAGACCAUCAAGGACCUAAUGCCAAAGACCAUUAUGCACCUCAUGAUCAACAGCGUGAAGGAGUUCAUUAACUCUGAGCUCCUGGCCCAGCUCUAUGCUCUGGGAGAAUGCUCAGCGCUAAUGGAUGAGUCACCGGAGCAGCAGCACCACCGGGAAGAAGUGCUCUGCAAACAUGCUGCCCUGAAGGAGGCGCUCGCUGUCAUCGGAAAGAUCUCCACCUCCACCUGCACCACCCCUAUGCCUCCACCUGUAGACUCUUCCUGGAUACAGCCCUCCAGCUUGACACACCCUAAUAACUCAGUGACCAGUGGCAAGACAGUGGUUCGUGGCCAUGCCCCAUCAGUUCCCCGGCCACCCGCUCACACUGGACCCACUGCUUCCCAGAACGCUGAUGGCCUUCAGCAGCGAGCUGGCCAACCUCACCGUGCUCCACCAAGUGUGCCAAGGAGGUAUCCCCCAGCCAUCCCAAAUGUGAAAUAAUAGUCCUUUCUGCUCAGAACUCCAUUACCCAUCGACCCCAGUGAUCCUUCCAGCUGCAGCUGACUGCUACCCAGAGACACCCAGUGACCUGUGUGAUGUGUAAUCCAGCUGAAGCACUACACUGGGCUUCUCUCUGUCUCUUCUGGGAGCUGCUGUCUGCUAAAUUCACUGAGUCUUGAGCCUGUUUUGUACAUAAUAUCAUUGGCCAUAAAGGCUGGAAUGUGCUCGACUGUCUUCUGACUUUUCUCAAGUGCCUGAACUUUCUGUAAAUAAAAAUACCAAUUCUA